AUGCACUGCCAAAACCUACAAACAUUACCAAACGAUGCCCAUUAUGCCAUUGCUGAGUUUCUGACAGGUAACGAUCUCACAGCUUUAAGUCAAGUCUCAAAAGCCCUCAGAACAAUUUACAAUCCACUUUCUUUCACUCAUACAAUCGCUUCAUCAUCAUCAUCCUCUAAACAUCCUUCUUCAUCCACUACAAAAUCACGAUCUGUCCCUUCAAAAGCCCUCACAUCUCCAAAAUCAUACACCUCUUGGUUUUGUCCACAAUCUAUCAUUCACCUAGCAAUCACAGAACAUCUCAUAGAAUCCCUACCAAAUUCGACCCAACUAAGCUAUAACUUCCCAGCUCUUGUUGCCAUCCAGUUGCUUCCUGAAAACGACCACCCCCAUCUCUCAGCCCACACCGUCGUUUCCUUCGCAAAAACCAAAACCAAUACCAACAACACCAACACCAAUAACACUACAACAACCCUUACUCUUAAGCCUACCCAAAAUACCCUCCCGGUCGUCUUCACUGCUGCAACACCAGUCCGUGUGACGGGCAAGCCGCAGCCCCCCCUUCCUCUUCUUUCAAAUGACGCCGCGGCUUUUGCCCACAUUGCUCACAUUGCACUCGACCUCGGCUGGGCGGAUCUGCCUGGUCUGGUAUCGUUACAAUCCUUGUUACCAUUAUCGCAACAUGUCCAUACUCUCACUCUAAAGGCCAUUGAACCAAGACUCUUUGCGGGGGUGCUGGCUGCAAUCCCCUCUUGCUGGCCCAACAUUGAAACCUUACGCGUCGCAUUGCUCGUGUGCUGGCGCAAAGAAAAUAUCCGCAUAGAAGCAGCCAUCCAACAUAUUCCGAAUAUCCCUAAAUCUAUCCCUAACGUUGUCCUUAGCUUGGACCCUCUUCACGAUGAUGACGACCAUCCCCCCCCACUUAUGCUCGAUUUUGAUCGUGCCGCCCAGCUCCCCGAUAGCCAGAUUGUGCGAGCGCCGGCCGUCUCGCACGUUAUUAUGAACGAGUGUAUCGGAACAAAGGGUGAUACUACCCCAGUCGCCACUUCCUCUUCUACUAUCCCCUCCCGCCGUAAUGCAAUUGAGUUCCCCGGCCUGCGUGCUCUCCAACUGACUCUUGGUGUACCUUGGAACCGCAUGUCUACAGCCGCUUGCUCGGCCCAUACCCUUACCACCCUCUACUUGAGAACCAACCCCAAUUCCCAUAAACUGCAUCAAGAAUGCUUGUUUUGGCUGCUAGAUGAUUUCCGAGAGUUUACAAACCUCCAAAGACUUGCCAUUUCUUUUGCAUCUGCAGGCUCUGUUAAAGGCAACCCGCUCGCAGACUUUUCACCAUAUUUUGCCUGCAUCCGCAAACAUUAUACAUCAAGUAACGAACCACCAAACAAAAAAUGGCUCACAGAAAUCCUUAACGAUUCCAUAGACUGGGCUGCUCGACCUACCCUUGCCGAUUGGCUCCAAUCUCUUCUUAUUUCGUUUGCUGGCAAACCAGACCGUGCAGUAGUUAUGAUGUUGCCCAUGUUCCGCAUGCUUGCCAAAUCUCCUGCCGAAUUUCGUGCAAUGACCCGCACAUUUCUUCUCGAGGCUUUUGCAGAAAAGUGUCUACACGGUCUACCUCGCCUCGAGUAUCUUGCCGUUGAUUUUGGCUCAGAUAUCGGGGUAGUUUCUCCUGGCAUGACACGCCUUGUCAAUUACCAUACAGGACUCAAGCAGAUGCUGGUCCAAGAAACUCUUCUUGAUGGUGAAAGUAUGGUUUUUGAACAUCACGAACCACAUAUGGCUACAGUCUUGGGAGGAACUAAUAAACCAAGCUCUUUGGUUGCACAAACUGUCGUUGAUAUGGAACAAAAACGAACAUUCACACAACCCUUUUUCACAACUCUACCCGCGACUGAAUCUUCGAUUUGCGCGCAAAGUAAUUUCUUUGUUCAAAACUUUGACUCUGUCUUUUCUGAUGAAUCAUUUUCAGGAUGGUUAUAA